CAGCCAUCAGUCACUGCUUAGAGCUCAAAGAUGAACAGAGAAGGAAAGGAAAUGAACGUACACAACAUUGCUUUGAAAUUGAGGGAAGGGAAGAGGUGAACCCUGAUGGUUCAAGAACAGCUGUACAUGACAGGAGUCAUUCUGGAAAAGAGAUAAUGAUCUGUUUUCUCUCUUUGGGGGUAGGUGGUUGGGACAUUACUGAAGGCCAGGCAUGGAUUUAUUAUGCAAUGAUUAACAAGGCGGGGAUUGUGUCCACCAAUGGCAUGUCAUUGUGCAAUGUGGCUUCAUGGUGAUACAGAAAAACUCAUGUUUAGAGUACAGAUAGGUUAAAAAAAAGGUUCACUUCUGGACAUGGCCAUGGGAAUCCACGGGUUGCUGGGAGGACUCUCAGGGCUGCUUCUCCUGCUCUGUGCUCUGCCCUGGACUCAGGGUGGGAAGGUGCUGGUGUUUCCCAUGGAGGGCAGCCACUGGCUGAGCAUGAGGACCAUUGUGAGGGAGCUCCAUACCCGAGGUCACGAAACUGUGGUCCUGGCUCCAGACGUGUCAGUGUACAUCAAAGAAGAGGACUUCUUUACUCUGAAAACAUAUGCUGUUCCAUACACCAAGGAAGAAUAUGAAUAUCACUUGUUGAGCUCCCUUCAAAUGUUCUUUAAGAAUGAAUUUUCUGUGAUGAUGAUCUUAAGCAAUAUGGAACUUAUGAAAAAUGUAUCAACAUUCUACGUGAGCUGUUGCAUGAGUCUCCUGCACAACAAGGGUUUCAUCCAGCAUCUGAACUCCAGUUCCUUUGAUGUGCUGUUAACAGACCCUGCGUAUCCCUGUGGGGCAUUGCUGGCCAAGUAUUUGCAGGUUCCUGCUGUGUUUUUUCUGCGCUUCAUUCCUUAUGACUCUGACUUUGAAGCCGCUCAGUGUCCGAGCCCUUUCUCGUAUGUGCCAAGGUUAUUCACAAGGAAUCUAGACCACAUGAGCUUCCUGGAAAGAGUCAAGAACAUUCUCUACCCCCUGCCAUUCAAGCUCAUUUUCCACUUCGCUUUUAUUCCCUAUGAGCAACUGGCCUCUGAGCUCUUCCAGAGAGAGGUCUCCUUCCUGGAAAUCAUUGGCCAUGCAUCGAUAUGGCUCUUCAGGUUUGACUUCGUGUUUGACUACCCCAGGCCCAUCAUGCCCAACAUGUUCUUCGUUGGAGGAAUUAACUGUGUCAGCAGGAAGCUGCUCUCUCAGGUCUGUAUUGGGCCUUCAUCCAAAGAGUGGUCCAGCAAUAUUAGUUUCCAUGUCUGGUUAUGAGUUACUCAUUUACCGCGAAUCUUUCUAGGAACUUUGAUGAAUCAAACCUUCAAGGCAUCCACAGUUGGCAUGUCAGGAUCUUAGUGUCUAGCGAGAAUCCCAGGAGGCAGAAAUUAGGGCCUCUGACUGAACCAAGAGCAGUGGUGGGACUCUGUGGAGCGUGUCCACCAGACAGACAGUAUCUCCUGAACCUGUCCAGGACCUGAGCAGAACCUGGGCAGGACCAGAGAAGCCAAGCUGGCUCUCAGAUGUUCUGGAGCUCACUUGUUGGCUCCAGGGUGGGGGGAUUCCUUAGUCUCCAGCAGGCAGUGAGCCUGAAGUGAGCCUGGGCCUCAGCUAAAGCUGGGAGGGUUCCAAACAGUUUGACCUAAUGGUCCUUAAGUGCAGGGGUCCUCCCUGGCUUCCUUUUCUCCAGUCUCUAUGGACAGC